GGAAAUAAACAGUCACUCCCACUCACCAAGUUAGAUUUCUGUUCCAGUCACUCCCACGGUUUAAAAAGAAACAAGCUGUUUUAGUUAGCACUGAGACAUUUCAUUUUUACCAGCAGAGACCAGGAAACUUAAACACCAAGCAGUUUUAAAGAAAACUCUUCGAACAGACAAGGAUAUGGAGGAUGCAGACUCUUCUCAUCAGGAGUAUAUUAUCCGAAGGGAAGUUCUGGAUGAAUCCCGUUUGGAUGUGGUUGCACAAAAAGGGAAUUGGACCCACAAACCAACUGUGGGUGAACGGGUGAAGGAAAUGCUAAGGUGUUCUGUGCCACGGCUGAAGGACAUAGUCCUGACCUGGAUACCCGUUCUAGCCUGGCUGCCUAAAUACCCGUUUCGAGAAAAUAUCAUUGGUGACCUGAUCUCUGGCUGUAGUGUGGGAAUCAUGCAUCUGCCCCAGGGCAUGGCGUAUGCUCUUCUGGCCUCCUUACGCCCUGUGUUGGGACUUUAUUCCUCCCUCUACCCGGUGCUGGUCUACUUUAUCUUUGGCACCUCCAGGCACAUUUCUGUAGGGACAUUUGCUGUGAUCAGCAUCAUGGUUGGAAGUGUGACAGAGAAGCUUGCACCAGACAGUAGUUUUUAUGUAAAUGGUACCAAUGGUACAGAGGGUUUGGACAUCACUGCAAGAGACUCGUACAGAACGCAGGUGGCCUGUUCCCUCACAGUCCUGGCAGGAAUCUUUCAGAUUCUGCUGGGGGUGGUCAGGUUUGGUUUCGUGGUGACCUAUCUCUCUGAGCCGCUUGUUCGAGGCUACACCACGGCAUCAGCAUGCCACGUGUGUGUCUCUCAGCUGAAAUACUUGUUUGGAGUCACACCAGAUCGCUUCACUGGCCCUCUCUCCCUUAUUUAUACUAUAGUGGACAUUUGCAAACUCCUGCCUCAGACAAGAGUCCCAGAGCUGGUGGUCAGUCUAGUGUCUCUUACAAUUCUAAUCAUCGUUAAAGAAAUCAAUGGUUGCUACAGACGGAAGCUGCCAUUACCAAUCCCUAUUGAGCUCAUAGUUGUUGUUGGAGCAACAAUCAUAACCUACUUUUGUGGACUCCGCAGUGAAUAUUUAGUUGAUGUUGUUGGGGAGAUUCCCAGUGGGCUCAAGGUCCCCCGAGCUCCUGAUACAACUCUGUUCUCAAAGAUUAUAGGUGAUGCUUUUGCUGUGGCAAUAGUAGGCUACGCCAUCAGCAUUUCUCUGGGAAAAACAUUCGGCCUCAAACAUGGCUACAAGGUGGACAGCAACCAGGAGCUUGUUGCUAUUGGUCUCUGUAACGCCAUUGGUGGGUUUUUCCGUUGUUACGCUGUGACUUCCUCGUUGUCUCGGAGUCUUGUACAGGAGAGCACCGGGGGGAAAACACAAGUUGCUGGGGUGGUCUCCUCUGUCAUUGUGCUCAUCACAGUCUUGAAAAUAGGCUCCCUGUUUGAAGACCUUCCCAAGGCUGUCUUAUCUACAAUCGUUUUUGUGAAUCUGAAAGGAAUGUUCAAGCAGUUUAUGGACGUGCCCUUGCUGUGGAGGACUAACAAGGUUGACUUGCUUGUGUGGCUGGUCACAUUUGUUAGCACCAUCCUGCUCAACCUGGACAUGGGUCUGGCUGUCUCCAUUGGCUUUUCCAUACUCACAGUCAUCUUCAAAACACAACUACCUAGGUACUCAAUUUUGGGCAAUGUACCGGGCACAGACCUUUAUCUGGACAUAGAGGCUUACAAAGAGGCUAAAGAGAUCCCAGGAAUCAAAAUCUUCCGCUCCUCUGCCACUAUCAACUUCACAAACUCCGAAAUGUACUUGGAGUCACUUCAAGAGAAGAGCGGAAUUGACAUUGGAAAGCUGCACACCGAGAAGAAGAAACAGGAGGCCAAACAGAGGCGUCAACAACAGAGAGAGAAGAAAAAGGAAAAAGAUGAAGCAAAGAAAAAUAAGCUGAAUAACAGGAAGAAUAGUCAGAAUGGCAUGGUUUUGAGCGUGACAGGCACGGAUCCAAACUUGUCUGGGAAGGGCCAUGUUAACUGGGCUUAUCAUGCAGACAGGAUAACAUCAGACUCUGAUUCAGACACAUAUGAGGAUAUUACUGCGGUAUCACAAUCAGUGGAAGAGUGGAAAAACAGCAACUGCAGAUCUGGCACCCACAGCAUCAUUUUGGAUGUUUCAAUGACCAGCUCUGUGGACACGGUCACAGUAAAUACACUGAAAAACAUUUUCAGGGAUUUUGGAGACGUUGGCGUGGCAAUCUAUCUAGCUGGCUGUCAAGGCUGUGUGGUGGAGCAGAUGGAGAGGGCAAACUUCUUCUCAGAGUCCAUCCCAAAGAACUUGCUGUUUGUCUCGGUUCAUGAUGCAGUUCUUCAUAUUCUCGAGAAACAGGGAAAGGUGGAGAUCGCGCUUGACCUUCCAUAUGAUACCCAGAUGUGACCAGCAGGGGUCGUGAGUUUUCAAAUCCAGAUAUCUUCAGCUCGCCCUCUUUCUCUCCAUGUUUCAUCGCUCUGCAUUGGUUGCCAUGAUCUCCUCCCCCCUCAUUCAGCGGGGGAGAAAUGCGCCACCUUGACAUGGCGGCCGGUUGCCAGGGAAACACAGGGAUCUGUUGCCGUGGCGACCAGCUUUUUAUGAUAUGGUAUAAUGAGACGGCUAGCAAUACGUCAUUGCGGCUCUCUGUGUGGUGCUGCGUGUGAGAGAUGGCGGAAGGUGGGGGAUGAGUGGGAGAAUGUAACCCGGGACUAAUGAGACUCUGUUUUUAUGGCCUUCAUGAGAAGGAGCAAAGAGCGGGAGAGAAGCUGGGUGUAAAUGGAGGCUCAUGGUGCUGUGUGCCCAUCAGUUUACACUUUAGAAAAGAAAGCAUGAAAUCUACCAGUCAAUCACAGCAGCUAUGACUGAUGAAACCACGCUGAGCAGAUCUAAAGUCUAAACUUUAUAUUUCCCU